AUUCGCACAUGCUACGCCUCUCUAGAUGCUCCGCUAUUUCGCCAUGCAAUGCGUUCCGCUACGCUGGCGCGCACCGCCUACAGGCGCCUACUCGCGCCUGGUAGGGUUCUCUAGACGCGCCCCGCAUCCAUGCUCGGCAUUUCUCGAUGCGUCUCAAGCAUCGUUACGAUGAGUUUUUAGUUCGUGCCAUGUCCACGCGUUGCUUCGCCAUACUUCGAGAACUUUUCAUGCAUAACUGUCCCCCGCGCCGGUUCUCCAUUAUGUUAUGCCAUGGAUGCUACCAGAAGCUCCUAGGCGCGACGCGGGAACUUGAUCCCAUCGACGCAGGGAGAGCCAAGUAUUUAAACUGCUCGUUCUGCUCGGUUAUCCAUCGAGUUUUGAACUUGCUUUCCUGCGCCCUUAGAGCUCUAUCUCUCUCUCUGCUCUCAUAACGAGCUUACGACGCACCCAGUUCUUGUCAUUAACCUUUGAGAUUUUCAGUUCGUAGAACAUCUCUAUCUCGUCUACUAUCCGCCAUGGCUCUCGCUCCGUGGACCGGCAUGAUGGACCCCUUCGGCACGAUGACUUCUCUGACGUCCCCCACGGGCCCGCUGGAGAUGAUGCCACGCUGGAUGCGCUUCCCCGACGAGUUCAGCUCGCUCUUCGAGGCACCCACCGCCUCGUUUCUCCGCGAGACGCAGGACAUCGCUCGCACGGCGGUUGACGUUCGCGAAACCAACGACGCGUUCAAGUUCAUCGCAGACAUGCCGGGGCUGCGACGCGAGGAGGUUAAGGUGCAGAUCGAAGACGGGAACGUGCUCGCGAUUCGCGGCGAGCGUACACGCGAGAAAAAGGAGGAUACUGGGAGGUACCACCGCAUGGAAAGGAGCAGCGGGAAGUUUCUCCGCAGGUUCCGUCUGCCGGAAAACACGGAGGUGGAUAAGGUGUCGGCAAAUACGGAAAACGGCGUGCUGACUGUGACCGUGCCUAAGAAGCAGCCAACCGAGCCACCGAAGGAAGGCGAGCCUAAUGUCCGCGAUGUGAAGAUCCAGGAGAGGAUGGAUUAGAGGCUGCAUGUGGAAAAUGGCUAGAAGUUCGCAGCGAGAUUGAUGGUAUGGUUGGAGGUGUUUUUGUGCAUACAGCUUUUGUUUUUACAAAUUGUGUUCCAAUAGAGGAGUCCCAAAACU